AAGAAUACCAGUCUAGUUUAUAGGGUUGCUGUAAGGAUAACUUGGGAGGUAAUGACUGAUUUAUCCUUUCCCCUCUAUUGCUAGAGAUUAGCCAAUAGGACUUCAGAAGAGCAAUGAAAGAAAAUGCAAGCAAAGAGCUUUUCCAUCAGGCUUCUUGACUGAAGAGGCAAGGAAAUGCACCUUGCAGCAGAAAAGUAAGAACUUGGUUGUUCAAGACAUCAAUCAAGACGACCAAAAGCUCUGGCCCAAAAUGAAUUAUAGCACAUCCACUGUGAAGACUUUGUACCACAGUGGCACUCCCACUUCCGAGCCAGACCAUGGGAUGACUGUGGACGGGACUGGAUCAGAAACUGCUACGCUGACCCCUGAAACCAGCAGCUUUAACAGCACCAAAAUUCCAGAUGUGGCUGGCAAUGGUUCUGGCAUGGGGACCAUGCUGCUGUCCUUCGGCAUCAUCACUGUGAUAGGGUUGGCUGUUGCUAUGGUUUUAUAUAUCAGGAAGAGAAAACGACUAGAGAAGUUGCGACAUCAGCUCAUGCCCAUGUACAACUUUGAUCCUGCUGAAGAACAGGAUGAGCUGGAACAAGAGCUGUUGGAGCAUGGCAGAGAUGCUGCUUCUUUGCAGGCUUCACAGAAUAAGACAAAUCAAGGGGUGCUCCAGAGACCUAGUCGCCUUGUGUUCACAGACGUUGCAAACGCCAUCAAUGCAUGAGCAGUGCUUCCUGAGUCUGAGAGGCAGGAGGGUGACACCAGCCAACUAGCAACUUGCCAGGGACAGUGACCAGUGAUUCCAGCUGGGGGAGAAGGUGCCAGGAACCAAUGUGAAGCCUGUCGGGAAUCUGUUGCCACCAAGAAGCCCAUGCUACUUCACUCAGCACUUGAUUGGUAAUGCCAAUACCAAGCGGUGUGUGCUGAAAAGUGCAAGGUUAUCUGAGAUAAAUUGAUAAGAACAUGCAUCGUGACAGGCUAGAGUUAGGAACGAGAGCAUCAGUUUCUAAGGCCUUCCUCCAUUGGGUUGUUGUCAGAGUAUCCUAACGUCAGAGUGUUGCAGGUUAACCCAAUCCACUCCAUGCAAUAGACUCUCAUUCUCAGAUAUGUGGGUGCAUCUUCCUGACACUGGAAGCCUGGGCAGUUGUCUCUGUCAUCUGGACACAAGCCUAUAUUAUGAUGUGCACCUGGUUGUUCCAUCUCAUGUUCCUCAUGCACAUAAGAGGCUGGCCUUAAGCAUGAGCACAAGGUCCAGAAUUUUCCUUGCGACCUUCUAUUAUAUUUCUCCAGCGCAGGUACUCUAGCUAGCUCACCUUGAGGACCAUUUGCAAGAUGAGGCUGUAGACUGUGGCUUCUAGAAGCUGGGGACUCUCCCAUAUCAGAAGGGCUACCUCUCUUGAGCACUUAACUAAAGGGAGAGUCUUAGAAGUAGGAGCAACAAUAUGUAACUCGCGGAUUUUGAGAUGAUUUAUCCCAUCCUUCUUCAGCCAAAGACAGUGAGCCUUAGCUGAAGACCAGUUGCUUUUGGAAGAGUAUUGUGUGCACAUGCAUAUUCUUCCAUAUACUUAAUCAGAUAUGGGUUCAUGUCCAUACAGAACAGUUAAAAGCCUGAUCUGUGUCUGCCCCAGGAUCUGCAUUCAAGGUUCUUUUUGCAUUCUUUUGAAAAUAUUCAAGAACAUUACAAGAAAAGCAAAAAGCGCAGGACAAUUUUGUACUUUAGGUUCUUGUUCUGACCUGGCUCUGUGUUCCAUGCUGAAGAUAUUCCAAAUUUUGUGAUAGCUACUAAAUCAAAUCCUACAAUGCAGGCAAACCUCAGUACAUGUAAGUUUUAUUUUACACUCCUGCUAGGGUGGGGAGGAGAGUGUUGUUAUUUAUUUAUAUAUGUUAAGAUAAUUUAUAUCCCAGCUUUCAACUAAAAAUAGAAUGCUCGAAGGUCUUGGGGUGUAGAAUACAGAUUUUGUUUUGCCCCCCACCCUUAUUUUCAGCAUAGGACCAAGGAAGAAAGGGGAUUACCAUUCCUCUAGAACAGCCUUUGCCAAUCAGAUGUCCUCCGUAUGUUUUGGACUACACCUCCCAUCAGCCCCAGCCAGCCUGAGGGCUGAUGGGAGUUGUAGUGCAAAAUGUCUGCAAAGCACCAGGCUGGCAAAGGCUGAUGUAGAACACAAGGGAACGAUAGUGAUGCUGAUGUAAAGGGUCAUGUGCUGAGCAAAGAAGCCCCACACUGUCUCUACUGGGAGCUCAGGUUCCUUAUGGUUUAACAGGGAUAUUUUGGGACACUGAAAUUUUCUUUUAGAAUUGUGUGAUAGUUUUGUUCUCCUCCCCAGUGGUGGCUUACAUACUCAGGAAAUUGCAGUAGCAGCCAGGAGCUGCCUUAGGUCAGUCUUUGUGGUCUGAUUGUGUCUAUGCCUGUUUCCGAAACCCUCUUGAUAUUUACAUACUUAUUAGAUUCCUAUGCUGUCUUUCCAUCUCCGCGUUUGAGGAGACAAACCAAAAAGCUGUUACAUGAAACCGCUGUAACAAAUCAGUCAAGAAGGAUAACAGCAAACAUCAAAGUAUAAUCAAGGGGACAGUGUUUCUUGAUGGGAAAAGGGAGAGCUUGGUUUGGACCCUCCUGCUGCCGGCAGUUGGUGGUGCCCUACGAUGUCAUUAGUGUACAAAGAGAAAAGCCAAAGCGUGGGCAGUUAAAAAGCCCUUCUGCUAUCCACAAUCACUGUGCAGUUGAGCAUCAUAGUUCCUUGUGCCCCUCCAGAUGUUUUUGACCACAGCUCCUCCAUCAGCCCCAGCCAGCAUGACCAAUGGUCAGGGAGGAUGGGAGAUGGAGUGAAGCGUAGAAGGGCCACUGUGCAAGUAUUGACAUUUGUGGCUAUCUAUGCACUUUAGUGCAGGUUCUGAAGCUAACCACAAACUACUUAUUUAUGUGUGUGCUGCUUGCCAGGAAAGUGUGGUGCAGUAUAAGUAGGAUUUCAUAUUGAAGUGUUUGUGGGGGAUGAGAGUAUCCUGGCUGUUCUCUUCUGCAUGCUACAGUAUCCGAAAGGGAGUAUCCAAGGGAGUACAGUAUCCAAGGGAGCUACAGUAUCCGAAACUCACUUUUGUCACCUUCUUCGGUUUCCAUUGGGAACAAAAUGGGAAGCGGGGGGGGGGGGGACUCAUUCCAAUCCUUUUACCUUCUAAACCCAGUUUCUCUUUCCUCCCUUGACAAUUUUUUUUUUUGCUUGGCACACUUGUUUCAUGCAAGAGGCAGGUUGUGAUCAUGUCAAGUUGGAUCCAUAUGAUAGAUUUAAGAUGCUCUGCUGUCAUGCAGAUGAGUAAAUGGUCUGACAUAUGCAGAGCGGUACUGUUGAUGUGUUGUCACUGUAUGUGCUCCCCGCCCUGUGCAUGCAGUUUGCCACUCAGGUCUUUUCUAGACCUGUAAAACGUGUGUGUAUAAUGCAUGUGACUGGCGACGUGAGUAUAAAGUGUCAAACUCCAUGAAUUAGAACUUUGCAGCCAGUGUUAAGUCUCCCUAUUCCCUAUGUAUCUUCUUCACUCUGGGGAUGUAUAUAAUCACAUCGGAUCACGAAAACUUUCUCAGCCAAUGAUUAUUUCCCGAGGGCAUUCACACAAACGCCAGUAACACAAUUCCCUCCACCAGUCCUACUUGACACUCCUUUUGAAAGCAAGAAAGAAAUACUCUCUAAGGAUUCCAAGGGCUCAGCUGAAUCUACAAUUCACCGAUAGCUUUCACUGUGACUUCAAUUUCCAUUGCAACCCAGAUCUAUAAGACAGCAACCCUGGCUGGUAUUGAUGGCAUUCAAUAAGGCUGUAGCUUAUAAGGUGAAGUAUAUUGAGGCAUUGGAGGUUGGCAGUAAGGCCUCCAACACUGAAUUGUCAGAUGGUUCUUUAGCAGGCAGCAGCUGCUACUCAGAAGUUGUGCGCCAUCCUUUGCCAACCCAGUGCCCUCCAUAAGUUUUGGACCACAAUGCCCACCUACCCAGGCCAGUACUGUAUAUCCCCAAAACAUUUGGAGGGCACCUGGUUGGCAAAGGCUGCUCUAUUCUUUGCAGUGCUGGGUUUCCUUUUCUCACUGACAGCAUUGGCUCUUACGCAUUCUCAUCACUGAAGCAAAAAAGUAAAAUAAAACAUGACUGGAAAAUGAAAUUUGUUUCCAAAGGCAACAAUAUGCUCCAUGAAGUGCCAUUAACUGAAAUCCUUGCAAUUCUCAGGCACUUGAAAACAUAGAGGCUGAGUGAUUAACUUGCUGCAUAUUUGGUACAAACGUGCACUUUGAUCAUGAGCUGCUUCUGAAGGGCAUGCUAUAUAUAGUAUGAAUGGUUCUGGAAAGGAAAUGGGAUAUUAUUACCAGUUCCUUUCUGCUCUGCCUCUGGAAGGCUUUCAAUAAUGUAGUGCUGGUGACUUCACUGAAAGGGCAGUGCAGGUAUUUGUUAAGCUUGUGUACCACCGUAUUCUUCAAAUGCAAUAGCCCUUUCUUACAUGGUACUUGGAAGUCUCUGCGUAAUGUAGGAUAACCAUUGCAAUAUGUUCCUGUAUUUGAGACGUUAUUAAAAUAUUUAUGUGAAAUCAAGCGUGUGUUUUGCUUGCUCUGCUUGCUGAUCCUGAAGAGCAUUAUUUGGUAAGUGGCUGCCAAUGUUUUGUCUGGAAUGUGACAGCUUUCGGUAGUAAACUCAUAGGGUGAAAAACAGUUGGUGUCCUUGCGCU